AUGAGAGCCUCAGUUCUCCUCGCCUGGCUCACCACCACGGCGGGCGUUGCCCUGGCCGUCCCCGCCGUCAAGGACGUGGCCAAAGACGUGUCCCCAGCGCACAAGGAGUUCGUGCUCUUCCACAGCUCCAACAUGAAGGGCGCAGACAAGCUCCCCUUCGCCGUCAGAUUCCACUCGUUCCGCGUCCCCGCCCUCGUGACGACGUCGACAGGCCGCGUGCUCGCCUUCGCCGAGGGUCGCCGCCGCGACAACCGCGACGUCGGCGACGUCAAGGUCGUCAUCAAGCGCACCAAGGAGGCCACCAGCCACGGCGGCAACCCCAACGACUGGGAGGCCCUACACGUCGUCACCAGGGGCGACGGCGUCUGGACCAACCCCACGCCCGUCGUCGACGGCAACACCAUCUACCUCUUCGUCAACUGGCACGACGCCAAGGUCAGCCGCGAGGGCGACGACAAGCUCCACAACGGCAAGAAGACCAAGAAGGUCGACGGCAAGUCCCGACGACACGUGUACGUGACGCAGAGCACCGACGACGGCCAGACAUGGUCGGACCCCAAGGAGAUGACGAAGCAGCUCACGCCCAAGGGGCAGGCGUGGGACACGGUCGGCCCCGGCAACGGCAUCGUCCUGACGACGGGCGAGGUCGUGGUGCCCGCCAUGGGGAGGAACAUCAUCGGCCAGGGCACCCCCGGCCAGCGGACGUGGACGUUCAAGACGAUCAAGGGCGCCGGGGACGAGGGCACCAUUGUGCAGACGCCCGACGGCAAGCUGUACCGCAACGACCGCGCCGGCAAGGACGAGGAGUACCGCAAGAUCGGGCGCGGGACGCUCGACAAGUUCGGCAAGUUUUCCCUCGACAAGGGCCUCCCGGACCCGGACUGCGCCGGCGCGACGCUGCUCUACCCGGCUGACGGAAAGGGCCCGGCGCGCGUCGUGUUUCUCAACUCGGCGGACAAGAAUAGCCGGCGGGCCAUGCGCGUGCGCAUCAGCUACGACAAGGACGCAAAGGGGUACACCAACGGCCGGAAGCUGGCGGAUGCGCCGGUCGCCGAGGCCGGGAACGAGGGCGGGUACGCGAGCUUGACGAGGACGGCUGAUGGGGAGGUUGGCGCGCUGGUCGAGACAAACUUUGACAAGACGGGUGGUUCCAAGGACGAUCACUACGCGAUUAUCUGGAGAAAGUUCAACUUGAGCUGGGUCUUGCACGGGUCCAAGUAA